UUUCUUGGUGCUGCCUACAGGGGGGCAGCUAUUUCUUAUUUAGGACCAUGGCUACCCUCAGACCCCUCAUAAAACUCAAGAUUGUCAAAAAUAGGACCAAGAAGUCCAUCUGGCACUAGUCACAUUGAUAUGUCAAAAUUAAGCAGAAUUGGUGGAAACCCAGAGGCACUGACAACAGGAUAAACAGAAGAUUAAAGGGUCGGAUCAUGAUGCCCAACAGUGGUUACAGGAGCAACAAGAAAACAAAGCACAUGCUGCCCUGCCCCCAUGGCUUUUGGAAGUUCUUGGUCCACAACAUCAAGGAGCUUGAAGUGCUGCUGAUGUACAACAAAUCUUACUGUGCUGAGACUGCUCACACUGUCUCCUCAAAGAACCAAAAAGCUACUGUAGGAAGAGCAGACCAGCUGGCCAUCAGAGUCAACAAUUCCAAUACCAGGCAGUACACUGAAGAAAAUGAACAGAUAGAUUGUGUACACACUGUAUUUGUGUUAAUAAAACCAUAA